AUGUCAGAGAUUAUAGACAUGGUAGAGACAGAUAUUGAAAUUACAAAUCCUGGAGCAAACCUCACCAACAAUGAGGAAUUUCCAGACUCCACUGAGUCUAACGUUCGUUAUGCUGCAUACGCCAGCAGAUUGAGAACAAUCGCUUUAACAGCACACAGGUACGUUGCAUAUACCUCUGACAUAGGGGAGUCAUUCAGGCCGAUUUUUCCACCAGCAGUGGUUAAACUUGGAUAUGGGAUCUCAUGGAUGUAUAUUAUCGGAGAUGUUUCCUACAUGACUUAUCGAGCAAAAUUGAAGCAAGAAGGCUAUUUAUUGCCUACAGAUUGGAAGCCGUGGGACAAAUUAAGUGACAAAAAUAAGGUGUUGCAACCGAAUGCAGCUCCAGAUUGGAAAAUGGUUGGAUUGGAGCGUAUGAUUUUCCAAAGCGUGGCCUCUAUGGGUUUACCAGCGUUCACUAUCCAUUCUUUGGUGAAGUACAGUGGGAACUUCUUCAAUAAACAAUUCCCUAAAAAUGCAAAGUUGAGAACCUGGGGACCUAUCAGUAUCGGCUUAGCUGUCGUUCCUUUACUUCCAUAUGCUUUUGACAAACCAAUAGAACAUUUCUUAGCACAUUAUGUUUUCCCUGGAAACCACAAGCAUUCUAAGCAAGAGUAG